UUCUCUUUAUAUUUAGCAGAAUUGUGACUUUUAUAAAACUAUCUGACUGUUACAAUGAAAGGUUAUGAUAGAUAAGAAUAUAUUAUAAUAAAUUUGAUCAAGAAUUUGUUUAAUACGACAAUACCAUACUAAAGAAAAAGUGUAGACAGUUUUAAAGGACUAUAAUUCAGAUUGUGUUCUUUUUUCUUUAUUGUUAUUUCUCCUUUUUGUUGCACCACAAAAUGUCGUGGUUUUUUGGUAAAAAGAAACAACAAAAGGAAUCACCGGUUGAGUCAACGGAGGAUCUUACAUCAACCAACAUAGACAAUGAAUUUGAAAAAAUUGAAAUAUCACCACCAUAUCCUGUGCCUCCAAAUACUCAAGAUGGAACACCUCCUUCUAGUAGUAACCUAUAUCCUUUAAUUAAUAAGGUUACAGAUUAUCCAACUUAUCCUACAGAUACUACGAAAAAUAAUCAAAGUGAUACGAUACAAUAUUUCAAUGGAGUACCAUUUAAAUUAUCGAAAAAUUUGGAAAGAAAUGAUUUAGAACUUGAGAAGUUUCGUGUUAAUGAAAUUUUAUCUUUUAUUCAACGAAUAGAUGAGCUAAAUUUGGACUAUGAUUUUACGCACGAAAAGAGUGUCAUAGCAGAAAUGAAUAGCACUAGUGAUGAGUAGUUUAUGUUAUUCAAAUAUUAAAUAUAUAUAGAUGAAAAAUAAUUUUUGUUCAAAUGUGUAUUUUUACGUAUA